CAGUCGGGCCCUCUGCGCGCUGCGCCCGAAGCGGCGGUCGGUAGCGGAGGUGGUGGCGGCGGCGACGGUUUUGUGGCGGCCGCGCGCUGCUCUCUGAGCGGCGGGUGGCAGACGGGCCUAGGCCCUCACUCCUGACACUUCCCGUCCCCCACCGCAUCGCGCUUUCUGAAGAUUUCGAAGAUGUUUAAUAAGUCAUUUGGAACACCCUUUGGGGGUGGCACCGGUGGCUUUGGCACAGCUUCAACAUUUGGGCAGAAUACUGGUUUUGGCACUACUAGUGGAGGGGCAUUUGGAACAUCUGCAUUUGGUUCUAGCAACAAUACCGGAGGCCUGUUUGGAAAUUCACAGACCAAACCAGGAGGCUUAUUUGGUACCAAUUCAUUUAGCCAGCCAGCUACCUCCACAAGCAGUGGCUUUGGGUUUGGCACAUCAACAGGAACAUCAAACAGCUUGUUUGGAACUGCAAGCACAGGGACCAGUCUCUUCUCAUCCCAAAACAAUGCCUUUGCACAAAAUAAACCAACAGGCUUUGGGAAUUUUGGAACAAGUACCAGCAGCGGGGGACUUUUUGGAACUACAAAUACCACCUCUAAUCCUUUUGGUAGCACAUCUGGCUCCCUCUUUGGGCCAAGUAGUUUUACAGCUGCUCCUACUGGGACUACUAUUAAGUUUAACCCUCCAACUGGUACAGAUACUAUGGUUAAAGCUGGAGUUAGCACUAACAUCAGUACCAAGCACCAGUGUAUUACUGCUAUGAAAGAAUAUGAAAGCAAGUCCCUAGAGGAGCUUCGUUUAGAGGAUUAUCAGGCCAACCGGAAAGGCCCGCAGAACCAGGUGGGAGCAGGUACCACGACUGGCUUGUUUGGGUCUUCUCCAGCCACCUCCAGUGCAACAGGACUCUUCAGUUCUUCCACUACAAAUUCAGGCUUUGCCUAUGGUCAGAACAAAACAGGCUUUGGAACUAGUACGACUGGAUUUGGAACAAAUCCAGGUGGUCUUUUUGGCCAACAGAAUCAGCAGGCUACCAGCCUCUUCAGCAAACCAUUUGCCCAGGCCAUAACCACCCAGACCACUGGCUUUUCCUUUGGUAAUACCAACACACUAGGACAGCCAAGCACCAACACCAUGGGUUUAUUUGGAGUAACCCAAGCCUCACAGCCGGGAGGUCUUUUUGGGACAGCUACAAACACCAGCACUGGGACAGCAUUUGGAACGGGAACAGGUCUCUUUGGGCAGACCAGUACUGGAUUUGGUGCUGUUGGUUCGACCCUGUUUGGCAAUAACAAGCUUACUACAUUUGGAACCAGCACAACCAGUGCUCCUUCGUUUGGUACAACCAGUGGCGGGCUCUUUGGUAACAAACCAACCCUGACUUUAGGAACCAAUACAAACACUUCCAAUUUUGGGUUUGGCACAAAUACCAGUGGGAAUAGUAUUUUUGGAAGUAAACCAGGACCUGGAACUCUGGGAGCCGGGCUUGGUGCAGGAUUUGGAACAGCUCUUGGUGCUGGACAAGCAUCUUUAUUUGGGAACAACCAACCUAAGAUCGGAGGGCCUCUUGGUACAGGAGCCUUUGGGGCCCCUGGAUUUAAUACUACGACAGCCACUUUGGGCUUUGGAGCCCCCCAGGCCCCAGUAGCUUUGACAGAUCCAAAUGCUUCUGCUGCCCAGCAGGCUGUUCUCCAACAGCACAUCAAUAGCCUGACAUACUCACCUUUUGGAGACUCUCCUCUCUUCCGGAAUCCCAUGUCAGACCCUAAGAAGAAAGAAGAGAGAUUGAAACCGACAAAUCCAGCAGCCCAGAAGGCUCUCACAACACCUACGCAUUAUAAACUGACACCCCGCCCUGCCACCAGAGUCCGACCGAAGGCUUUACAAACAACAGGCACAGCCAAGUCACACCUCUUCGAUGGGCUAGAUGACGAUGAACCAUCCUUAGCCAAUGGAGCAUUCAUGCCCAAGAAGAGCAUUAAGAAGUUGGUUUUGAAAAACCUUAACAAUAGCAAUCUCUUCUCUCCUGUUAAUCGUGAUUCAGAAGAUCUAGCUUCACCAUCUGAUUAUCCAGAAAAUGGAGAGAGAUUCAGUUUUCUGAGCAAACCAGUCGAUGAAAACCAUCAGCAGGAUGGAGAUGAUGAUUCUCUUGUGUCACGUUUUUAUACUAACCCUAUUGCCAAACCCAUUCCUCAAACCCCAGAGAGUGCUGGAAAUAAACAUAACAGCAGCAACAGUGUGGAUGAUACCAUUGUUGCGUUAAACAUGCAUGCUGCCUUGCGAAAUGGGCUGGAAGGAAGCAGUGAAGAGACCUCUUUUCAUGAGGAGUCACUUCAGGAUGACCGAGAAGAAAUAGAAAAUAAUACUUACCAUAUGCAUCCAGCAGGCAUCGUUCUCACUAAGGUUGGCUACUAUACUAUUCCAUCCAUGGAUGACCUAGCUAAAAUUACCAAUGAAAAAGGAGAGUGCAUUGUCUCUGACUUCACUAUUGGUCGUAAAGGUUAUGGUUCAAUCUAUUUUGAAGGAGAUGUGAAUUUGACAAAUCUAAAUUUAGAUGACAUUGUGCAUAUCCGAAGGAAAGAAGUGAUUGUUUACUUAGAUGAUAACCAAAAACCACCUGUGGGUGAAGGGCUAAAUAGGAAGGCUGAAGUUACAUUGGAUGGAGUUUGGCCAACAGAUAAAACAUCUCGUUGUUUAAUAAAGAGCCCAGAUCGACUUGCUGAUAUCAACUAUGAGGGAAGAUUGGAAGCAGUUUCAAGGAAACAGGGAGCUCAGUUCAAAGAGUACCGUCCUGAAACUGGUUCUUGGGUAUUUAAGGUCUCUCAUUUUUCUAAGUAUGGCCUUCAGGAUUCUGAUGAAGAGGAGGAGGAACGGCCAUCCAAAACUAGUACAAAGAAGUUGAAGACUGCCCCUUUACCUCCUGCAGGCCAGGCCACCCCAUUCCAGAUGGCUCUUAAUGGCAAACCAGCACCUCCGCCCCAGAGCCAGAGCCCAGAGGUGGAGCAGUUAGGGAGGGUUGUGGAACUGGACAGUGACAUGAUAGAUAUCACCCAGGAGCCAGUUUUGGAUUCCAUGUUAGAAGAGAGCAUGCCUGAGGAUCAGGAACCUGUGUCUGCCUCAACACACAUUGCGUCUUCACUGGGAAUUAAUCCACAUGUCUUACAGAUCAUGAAAGCAUCAUUGCUUGCUGAUGAAGAAGAUGUAGAUAUGGUCCUGGAUCAACGCUUCAGUCGCCUUCCUUCUAAAGCAGAUACGUCUCAAGAAAUCUGUUCUCCCAGGCUCCCCAUUUCAGCAACUCACUCAUCAAAAUCCCGUUCAUUAGUAGGUGGGUUACUACAAUCAAAAUUUGCAAGUGGAACUUUUCUUUCACCAAGUGCCUCUUUACAAGAGUGUCGCACUCCCAGAACAUCGUCAUUGAUGAAUAUUCCAUCCACAUCCCCUUGGUCUGUCCCUCCACCCCUGACCUCUGUGUUUACGGUGCCCAGCCCAGCCCCUGAGGUUCAGUUGAAAACAGUGGGUACACGCAGACAACCAGGCCUAGUCCCUCUUGAAAAGUCUGUCACCUAUGGAAAGGGGAAACUCCUGAUGGACCUGGCCCUAUUUAUGGGACGCUCAUUUCGGGUUGGUUGGGGCCCUAACUGGACUCUUGCUAAUAGUGGAGAACAGCUGAGUGGCCCUCAGGAACUGGAAAAUCAUCAGAUUGCUGAUUCUAUGGAAUAUGGAUUCCUGCCUAAUCCAGUAGCUGUUAAAUCCCUAACUGAGUCUCCAUUCAAAGUUCAUUUGGAAAAACUCAGUUUGAGGCAAAAGAAGCUGGAUGAAGACCUGCAAUUAUACCAGACAUCUCUGGAGCUUAAAUUAAAACAUAGCACUGUCCAUGUGGAUGAGCUGUGUCCUCUCAUUGUCCCCAAUCCGGGAGUUGCUAUCAUUCAUGACUAUGCAGAUUGGGUUAAGGAAGCAUCAGGAGACUUACUGGAACCACAAAUUGUGAAGCACUGGAGCCUAACGUGGACAUUAUGUGAAGCUCUAUGGGGCCACCUGAAGGAGCUUGACAGCCAGCUGGAUGAGCCCACUGAAUACAUUCAGAUUCUGGAGCGAAGAAGAGCUUUCUCUCGCUGGCUGUCCCAUACAGCUGCACCUCGAAUUGAGGAGGAAGUCUCCCUAACCCGAAAAGACAACCCUGUGGAGGCUGUCUUCAGCUACCUCACGGGCAAGAGGAUCAGUGAGGCCUGCUCCCUGGCCCAGCAGUCAGGUGAUCAUCGUCUUGCCCUUCUUUUAUCCCAGUUGGUUGGCAGCCAGUCGGUCCGGGAGCUGCUUACUAUGCAGCUGGUAGAUUGGCAUCAGCUCCAGGCUGACUGUUUCAUCCAGGAGGAGAGACUGCGUAUCUUUGCCCUCUUGGCUGGAAAACCGGUAUGGCAGCUCUCAGAGCAGAAGCAAAUCAAUGUGUGCUCACAGUUGGAUUGGAAAAGGUCCCUGGCUAUCCAUCUUUGGUAUUUGCUCCCACCAACAGCCUCCAUUUCCAAGGCACUCAGCAUGUAUGAAGAAGCAUUUCAGAAUACCUCUGAGGGUGACAGAUAUGCCUGCUGCCCACUUCCCUCAUACCUGGAGGACUCUGGCUUUGUGGUAGAGGAGGAGCAAGACUCACAGAGACCUCUUCAAGAUGUCUGCUUUCACCUUCUAAAACUCUAUAGUGACAGACAUUAUGAUCUCAACCAGCUGCUGGAGCCUCGAAGCAUAACAGCAGAUCCUUUGGACUACCGUCUAAGCUGGCACUUGUGGGAGGUGCUACGGGCUCUUAACUACACCCAUCUCUCAGAGCAGUGUGAGGGUGUGCUGCAGGCCAGUUAUGCUGGCCAGCUGGAAAGUGAGGGACUCUGGGAGUGGGCCAUCUUUGUCCUCCUGCACAUUGACAACUCAAGCAUGCGUGAGAAGGCUGUUCGAGAGCUGCUUACGCGGCACUGCCAACUGUUGGAGACCCCUGAAUCGUGGGCUAAGGAGAUUUUCCUGACGGAGAAGCUCUGUGUGCCUGCUGAGUGGAUUCAUGAGGCCAAAGCAGUGCGAGCACACAUGGAAUCCGACAGGCACUUGGAGGCCCUCUAUUUAUUUAAAGCGGGGCACUGGAACCGCUGCCACAAACUCGUCAUCCAGCACUUAGCUUCUGAUGCCAUUAUUAACGAGAACUAUGACUACCUGAAGGGGUUCUUGGAAGACCUGGCACCCCCGGAGCGCAGCAGCCUAAUCCAGGACUGGGAGACAUCUGGGCUUGUUUACCUGGACUACAUUCGGGUCAUCGAAAUGCUCCAUCAUAUACAGCAGGUGGAUUGCUCAGGUUAUGAGCUAGAGCAGUUACAUACCAAAGUGACCUCACUGUGCAACCGGAUAGAGCAGAUCCAGUGUUACAAUGCCAAGGAUCGCCUGGCUCAGUCAGACAUGGCCAAACGUGUAGCCAACCUGCUGCGGGUGGUACUGAGCCUUCAGCAUGCCCCUGAUGCAACCUCCGACUCAACGCCAGACCCUCAGCGAGUCCCUUUGCGCCUGUUGGCUCCCCACAUUGGCCGGCUCCCCAUGCCUGAGGACUAUGCCUUGGAGGAACUGCGCAGUCUCACACAGUCCUACCUGCGGGAACUGACUGUGGGGAGCCAGUGAGCCCCAGGCUCCGCGCACCACACUCACAUGCCGAUUCACACUCACUACGCAGAGGUCCCCUACGUUGAGUUGAUUGGCACCAUUUGCCAUUCUCUGGGUUGGCCAUGGAAUCCACCCUCCCUUCCUGCUGCCCAAGCAGCAACCUCCAGUUGUUCACGGCUUUCUUAAUACUAAACACAGCAUAAGGGCUUUUGGAACCCCCAAAAAAGGAUCCAAGUCUCUUUUUUACCAUCCUGAAGACUAUUCUUUUUUUUUUUUCCCCUUUCUUUUUGUAAAUGGUCAGUAUAGCGUCGGUAAAGCACCUUUGGCAGAAUUCCCGCACCCCCUAAGAACCAGGGAAUGCUUUUCCUCCGUCAGCCAUUCUGGAUCUUGUGACUCGAUGCCAAACUGCUACCCUACUCCUACUCCUGCCCUUUUAUACUAGGACUCUUUAGAAGGAGUGGGACAGGUGAUGGGACAAAUGUGUUGACCUAGGACUGUCCUCUCUUAACAAGUAAACUAUCCACAGAAGGAAGGAGAAUCUGUCUCUGAAGUAGGUUGUUGAUUUAACACUGACUUUUGGCGUCAGAAGAGAGUUGGACUGAAUUAGGAGGCAGAACAGGGUCUUUCUGACCCAUUUAGGGUAGAAGUGAGUGCCUGCCAUCGAGGGGUGGGGCGUCAAGGCUUGAUUGUUCUUCCUGCCUUGAAUGUUCUGUGAACACCAAACCUUCCCCGUGCGGGAGCUCUUGGUACCAGAUCACACAUCUCUGGGAAACUCCCAGAAUUCAGUUUGGUGCCUGGUUUUCAGUCAUCUUGCUAGGCCUCCUGUCUGGAUUUGCCUGAAGAGUUUGGAUGAAACAUGGCAGGUUGGGUAGCCCUCCCUGUCCCUCCCACUCUAGCCCAGAGCAUUUCCCACCCUCCAUUUACAGUCCCAGAUGGUGAAACCAUCACUGAGGCAGGCAAGGAUCUGGGCUUCAGGGGGAGGCAGGGGGCUUUUGCUACACUGCUGCCCACAGCUGUGGGGAGCCCCAGGUAACGGUCUGAGACUGCGGUGUGAGGGCUGUCACAGACAACAUGGCAUGCCUCCCUGGGUCUUCAUGCAUGAAGAUUACAGAAAGGAUUUUAUUAAAAAGUAUAUAUAUAUAUAUAUAUAUAUAUAUAUAUAUAUAUAUAUAUAUAUGACCUAGAUUAUUUUCCUCUUUUUCUGAAGCUACUUUCUUAAAAAAAAUAAAUAAAAUGAAAUGUUUAUAGCAUUCCUGGUAUUGGCUUUCCUUUUGUGGUUUUGAGCCUUGUCCCAAGGAGCUUUAUGGUGGCCUUGUUUGAUUUGCACUCUAAAGAGAGACUGGCCGUGGGUUAAUGAGAGAAUAGUUGCAGACUAGAUCAAGGCUAGGUUUAUAAGGGUCAAUUUUGGGGUGAGGGGGUUGAGAUUAUUGAUGGAUCCUGACUGCUAUACAUUUAUUUUUAUGCGCUUGGAUUCCUAGUGGGGAAUGGGGCAGGGUUUCAAAUUGCCCAGUGGUAUAUACUUAGUAUUCAAAGCCUCUCUGCUCUGGGGUUUUUGUUUUUAAACCUUGGCACUUCAUCUUUCAGCUUCCAUUGUGUAAAAGAGAUAAUGAUCCCUGAUGUUGCUGCUUCACAGAGCUGUGCUUGAGAGGGAUCAAAUGAGGCUGAUGAGUAGGUUGGUUGGUUGGUUGUGUUAAAUUGAAGAUAUGAGCAAUUUCCAAUGAGGAUUAGGCCAAAGAUUUCUGGGACAUCGAUGAGAUGAGCAAGCAGUGGCUGGGGCUUCCCUUUAAUUUGGGCCCCUGAGGAUAAGGGUUACUCAGCUGGGAAUCUCCCACCAUUACUGACUGACUGUGAACCUGAGCGAGUCACGGAGCAUUUGCUGGACUUAGAGCAAAGAAUUUGUUCUGCGUUCCUCACCAGAGGUGUUUUGUGAAAAGUGAGUGCUUUAGAAGUGGUUUACCUUUAGAAAUGUUAAGCACUGUGAAUAUGGGCAGUAUUUCCUCUUAGGUAUUUCCUUUAAAAAAAAAAAAAAAAAAACCUGUAAGUCAAAUAUUUAUCACAGCAGCUAUUUGCGUCACGGAGAAUAGACUUACAGUUAAAGUGAACAAUGAAGAUGAUAAGCGGUCUCUUCUAUAUUUCAAAAUCCCAUUGAAACAUAUUUUUAAAAAUUUAGGUUUCUCAAAAAUAUAAAAAUAAGAACCAGUUGUUUCAAAACUCAACAGAUCUGUGGAAUCUACAACCUCAUACAAUGUUCAAAGUAUUUCCUCAGCAGAAUGCUGGAAUAAUGCUAAAAUCAAAGUUAAUAGAGGUCUGGAGAUUAAAUGUUGGAUUAGCAGAGCCAAGACCUGCAGGCUAGCUGGUCUUUUUUAGCUGUUUGACUUGUUUUGUUACUUUGUAUUCCCAGGGAAUUAUUUCAGAUUUUUUAAAUUUGUUGUCUUUCAGAGAACCAGCUCUCAGACGUAACAGUUUUAUUGGAGUUCUGUAUUGUAAUAUAUUCAUUUCUGCUUUAAACAUUCAUUUCUUAUGCUUUCCUAAGGGUUUUUUAAAAUCUUUUAUUGUAGAAAUUUUCACCCAUGCAAAAAUAAAAUGAUGUCUCAGUUUUUCAAUCUUAUUUAAUAUCUUUACCCCCAUUCUUAUUCCUACCCACGCACCCACCAUGGUAUUUCCUUCUUUUUUUUUUUUUUUAAUUUAUUUUUGACUGCAUUGGGUCUUCGUUGCUGUGCGUGGGCUUUCUCUAGUUGCAGCGAGCGGGGGCUACUCUUCAUUGUGGUGUGUGGGCUUCUCAUUGCGGUGGCUUUUCUUGCUGCAGAGCGCGGGCUCUAGGCACGUGGGCUUCAGUAGUUGUGGCUUGCGGGCUCUAGAGCGCAGGCUCAGUAGUUGUGGCGACCGGGCUUAGUUGCUCUGCAGCAUGUGGGAUCUUCCCGGACCAGGGCUUGAACCCGUGUCCCCUGCAUUGGCAGGCGGAUUCUUAACCACUGUGCCACCAGGGAAGUCCCUCACCAUGGUAUUUCUAAGGGAGAUCAUCAUUUCAUCAAUACCUAAGCAUUUCUAAGAUAAAUUUUUAUAAAUAUAAUCACAAUACCAUUGUCGUACCUAACAAAAUUAACAAUAAUUCCAAAAUAUUAACUAAUACUCUCUGCAUUUUCGAAUUCCCCAGUUGUCUCAAAAGUAAAAUCUUACUACAGUUGAUUUGUUUAAAUUAAAUCAGGAUCUAAACAGAGUCCACACUUGCAUUUGGCUGAUAAGUCUCUUAAGUCUCUUUUAAUCUAUUAACAGUUCUCCUCUCUCCUUUUUUAAAUGCCCUUUAUUUGAUGAAGUACCUGGGACAUUCAUCCUUUAGCAUAGAGGGCCAGGGGCUUCUAGAUUUGGCUGACUGUGCCUCUACCUCCCUUACUUGCUGUAUACCACUGGUUAGAUCUAGAGACUUGAUUAGAUUCAGGGUCCUUCUCAUAGGUGGUGCUGUGUUUCAUCACUACGGAAGACACUGUCUCGCUGUUCUACUUCUAGUGAUGUUAAGAUUGUUGAUUCAGGUGUUGUCAGCCUGAUUCACCCUUUCUAAAGCUUCCAUCAACCUUCCACCUAAUAAUCAUGACCAAGAUUCACUGUUUCAUCAUCGCACAUUCCUUAUCUUUUUAUAUGUGAUGAUUCAGUAUUUUCAAAAUAGAGACUAAAAUCAGUUGUUGUUCAGGUACUUUUUUUUUCCAAAAUGGCUUUUUAAAAAUAACCCACCAACUUUUUUUUUAAAUAAAUUUAUUUAUUUUUGGCUACUUUGCUUCUUUGUUGCUGUGCGCGGCUUUCUUUAGUUGCGGCGAGCGGGGGCCCCUCCUCGUUGCCAUGCGCGGGCUUCUCACUGCAGUGGCCUCUCUCGUUGCGGAGCACGGGCUCUAGGCGCGUGGGCUCAGUAGUUGUGGCUCGCGGGCUCUAGAGCACAGGCUCAGUAGUUGUGGCACACGGGCCUAGUUACCCUGCAGCAUGUAGGAUCUUCCCAGACCAGAGCUCAAACCUGUGUCCCCUGCAUUGGCAGGCGGAUUCUUAACCACUGCACCACCAGGGAAGCCCCCCACCAACUUUUAGAAUUAUUUUUUUCAAAUUAACAUUUUUACCCUAAAACACACUAAAUAUGUUAUAAGAAAUAUUUCACCAUUUUUUCAGGUAAACAUACCAAUUUUUCUGUAACUCUCCAGUCUAUUCUCUGUAUGUGAUAUUUCCAUGUGUUUUGAAGCACUCUUGAAUUUAGCCUUUAUUUUGGCCUAAAGGUAUUCUGCAAAAUGUUGCUUUUAAAUGUAAUUUGAGGGUAAGACAACCUUGUGCCCCCAAAAGAUUGAAUAACUGCUGAAGAAAAUGGUACGGAAAGAAAAAUGCAUCUUUUACCCCGACACCCAUCCCUACAACAUCUGCCACUCUUUUUUUUUUUUUUAAUAAAUUUAUUUUAUUUUUGGC